GCUCUAGGUUGCAUGACUCGCAAAUCAACCAUACUCACUUCUUGUUUCUUAUAUUUCAGCAAAGUUUCUCUUUUCAUAUAUUGCAAGAAUGUCCGAAACCAAUAUGAAAUUCUGUAGUAGUUAUUUUCUGGUCGAUCCGACCAAAGCAAGUCUUUUUGACCUUUUUCUCCUUUUAUUUUUCCCAAAUCUGACCAGCAAAAGUUUCAUAGAUUCUACACCGGAUACGCUGAAAAGCAUCCGGAGAAGUUUCGCGAGUCGAUGGAUCAUUGCGUUGGCCGUUUUGGUUCAGAAAAUAUUAAUAUUGAUCAGAAAACCCAUGGCAUUCAUAGGUCGUUUGCUCACCUAUUGGCCCAAUCUUCUUUCGGAAAAUGGUGGCUUCUUCAAAUUGAUACUUCAUCUUGUGACAGGAAAACUGUUGAAGCCUGAGGAAUCGUCGGCCAUAUAUACGUCGUUUCUAGGAUGCUCAGAUCGAAGGGUAGCGCUGGACGAGAAAAUAAAUGUUGCUACGAUAGAAUACAAGUCGAUGUUGUCAAUAAUGGCAUCUAAAAUCGCUUAUUUUAAGUUACAAAAAAAAAAAAAAAAAAAAAAAAAAAAAAAAAAAAAUAAAAUCGCUUAUGAGAACAAAUCUUUCAUCACUUCCGUCGUCAAGAAUACUUGGAAGAUGGACUUCGUGGGUUUCUACGACUUUUACAACGCUUACCAAGAAAGAAACCUGACACAAGCAUUCGUAUUCAAGGCGUCGAGCACAAACCCGAAUCUCAUCGUCGUCAGUUUCAGAGGAACCGAACCUUUCGAUGCAGAUGAUUGGUGUACUGAUCUCGACGUCUCUUGGUACGAAAUGAAGAACGUUGGCAAAAUUCAUGCUGGGUUCUCCAGAGCUCUAGGCCUACAAAAAAACGGAUGGCCCAAAGAAAAUAUAAGUCUCAUUCACCAAUAUGCUUACUACACUAUCAGACAGAAGCUUAGGGACAUGCUUGCCAUUGACAAAAACCUUAAAUUUAUCCUGACGGGUCACAGCCUUGGUGGCGCAAUAGCUGCUCUGUUUCCAGCGAUUCUUGCGGUUCACGGUGAGGAUGUGCUACUUGAUAAGCUAGAGGGAGUCUACACGUUUGGACAGCCACGUAUAGGGGACGAGCAAUUUGGGGAGUAUAUGAAGGAAGUGGUAAGAAAGCAUGGAAUUGAGUAUGAGAGGUUUGUUUACAACAAUGAUAUGGUUCCUAGAGUCCCCUUCGAUGACAAGAUUUUAUUCUCAUACAAGCACUAUGGAUCUUGCAAUUACUUCAACAGUCUCUACAAAGGAAAGGUAAGGGAAGAUGCACCGAAUGCGAACUACAUCAACUUGUUGUGGUUAAUACCGACGAUUUUAACUGGUGCCUGGGAGUUCAUAAGGAGUUUCAUAAUACAGUUUUGGAAAGGCAAAGAGUACAAAGAGAAUUGGAUGAUGAGAUCUGUUAGGAUUGUGGGAAUAGUACUCCCUGGUAUGUCAAAUCAUUUCCCAUUUGAUUAUGUCAACUGCUCGCGCUUGGGAGGCUUGGCUCAACCAUCUACUACUACUCAUGAAGAUAAAAUUGCAUUCAUUGCUUAAAAUUUAAACCAUACUUAAUAUCUAAUAUUCUAUCUACUAUGUCUGCUCUUGUUGGAUUCGACUCUCAGUUUACUUCUAUGUUAUGUUUACGUUUGGCUUUCUAUCGUUUAUAUGUUGGCAAGAUUCUAAACUUAUUAAUAAGAAUGGUUUAAAUAAGAAGUA